GCAAGCAAAUCGGAAAUGGCAUCGAUAGAUAAAUCGUCGUCACCCGAGCGACCUUCGAGACGGGAAGCGGGCGGUGGUUGUCCACCGCUGAACUGCGUCUAUCCGUCAACCAGCUGUAAUUCCCCUAAUGCGAAUUGUUCAUCGACCGCCUCGUCCUGCUGCCCCUCGCAGUGUCGUUACUCUCAAGCUUCGUCGCACCAAACAUCGCCCACGAAUUGCCGGUCCUGCUGCUCGUCCGCGUUCAAAUCCAUUUUAAAGAAGCGCAAUUGCUGCCAGUGCGACUUGAGCUACUGCAUGUGCCAGCCGAUGCCGCGCGGCUGCAACUGCCCACCGCCGGUUCAAGUAGACGCGCGCGCUGCCCCCGGAUGUUCCUGCGAGUGUCCAUCCAGCCCGGAAUGCGCGUGUCCACCCAGCGAACGGAGAUUCCCGAAAACGACGGUCAAAUGCCCUAACGCGCGUCUUUGUUGCCCAUUUCCUCGACUACCAGCCGGCCCCAAAUGUCAUUGCGCGCGAUGCCGAUCGUGUCCACCGCCGUCCUGCGAUCCGCGCGCGUCCACCAGAUGCCGAAGACCCGUCCCGCCGAAGAAUCCUUGCCGUUCGUGUCCCACAUGCCCGCCUUGUCGGCCGGUUUCACCGACUUCGCGUUGCCGUCCUCCGACACCCUGCAAGAAACUGACCUUCUGCACCGAGCGAAGCGGUCGGCUCUCUUCGCCCUGCACAGGAACAGGUCAGUUUGAGAUUGUUGACGAUGAGAACUCGGAAAGUUAUGUUUGUAGCGAGCGAAAUGACGUUGAGGGACAAGAGAAGCGCAGUACGAAAGAUAGUGAUAAUACGCGCGAUUGUCGUUGCGCGGCAGGGCUCGAGAAUAGAACCGAACGCUCGGAUCAAAGUUGCGAUCCGAUUCUAGACGAGGAAUAUUUGGAAAAAAAUUCAACGUCGCAGAGAUUUAUUAAUUCAUCGGAGACCGCAAACCCUUCGCAGUUUGUCGAUCCGGAUUCGCACGACGCGCCGGAUUCGCGGCUCGGCGAAAUGACGCGCCGGAGAGCGUUCGCGUUUUUGUCGGCGUUGCUGUUCUGCGCGAUACUCCAACAAGGUGCAUCCGCUGUCGCUGAAACUAUCGAAAAUAAGAGUGUCACCGAGAAAGCGCAGGCGGAGGGUUGCAUCGAGUGCGGAUAUUAUAGAUGUCCAGAGGACCCUGGAAAAUGUUUGUUGGGUUCAGUACCCGACCCGUGCGGAUGCUGCCCGGGUGGUUUGUGCGCUCGUCUCCUUGGCGAACCAUGUUGGAAUGCGAGCAUUCCUCUUCUCUCUCCAAACAGCCGCAACGAUGGAUAUUGCGCGAGAAAUUAUCUCUGCGAACUGCGGUCCGAUUUACAAGAAGAGGAUGCUCCGGAGGCAAUUUGCGUGUGCAUGGAACAAAGCCCUGCGUGCGGCAGUAAUAAUGAAACUUACUCGACGCCAUGCGCGUUGCACGAGGAGGCGAUGAAACUCAGGAACUCAUCUUCCUUAAGAUUGCAACACCUCGGUCCUUGUGAGAGCAGACCUUGGAUCCUGUCAACUCUGGAAGACAUUGCCUCAUCCUUCGGUCAACGAGUCGCGCUCAAUUGUGAGGCAAAGGGGUUUCCCGUGCCGGAUAUCUUUUGGGAAUUUCACUCUGCUGAUGGAAGAAGAGUGCUGAAAUUGCCAGAAGAGAAGCACGAAGCGACGGUACAUACGAGCGACGGUCCAGAGCCCCUUAUGCGAACAUCCUGGAUGCAAUUGGCUCGACUGAACAAAGAACACAUUGGAAUAUAUUAUUGCAUUGCUAACAAUUCCAUAGGUGAAGCGAGCGCAGCUUCAUUCGUGUCCAUGUCGUGAGAUCGCGCUUGUCUCUUGCGAGACGAUUCCUCGUGUAAUCGCUGUAAUAAAUAUAAUAUGGAAAGAAAAAUACGCUGGCCACAUGUUCGGAAAGUUUAUUCUUUAACAAACAGAUGUAUAAUGAAGAAUCUCUCGCAUAGAUAAAUUUGAGGCUGAGUGGAUUUCGUUCAAGUGUAUGAAUGGCAGUUGGUUUUUUUUUAACUUAGAAAUCUGCUUACGAUAAAUUCGAUACAAGUAAGACUUAUUUUGUACGACUUAUACUUCAAGCUUGUUCAAUACUUCUGACUAUAAAUUCUCAUGCCAUAUUUAUAUCUUUCUAAGCCUGUCUGCGAGUCCUCCGUCUUUGCUUGUUACCAAUCGCUUUGCGGCGGCGGCGGUGGACUGUAAAGUAUAAUUGCCGUAAUAUAAAAUACAAUUUUAUUGUAUAAAGCAUUAUUUAUACGCUUUCGAUGCCAUAUCAUAAUAAUCUAAAUAUAACAUUAUAGAAAAAAAAUAUUAUACUCAUACUUACUCUGGCGUUUGCCAUGUUCUGUCGUCGUCCGUGUUAAGACUAUCCCUAAUAAAAAUGUUUUCAUAUUUUAAAUCCGUCUCAUUAA